CAAACAUUAAGACUGUGUCACACAAAAUCUUCACCACACUUGCCUUCUAAUCCUACCCGCGAACCGCGUUUAGCCAAGGAAUGGACGUUGUUCAAGAGAUAGACGCUGCACAGAAGCUGCACUCCGCAGCCAGCAGAGAGCACUCAGGCGCCAGCACGACUCCGAGAUGUGGGCUCUCCUCCAGCGGCAGCGACUUCAAAACGAAAAUAUUGCCGACAAGCUCGCCACGUUCAACGAGAAGAACUCUCUAUUCUUGUUCAAACUUCCCGCCGAGAUCCGCACGAUGAUCUACGCGUACGCUUUAAGCGAUAUCGUAAUUCGAAUUAAGCCUACCAACACAGAUCCUGACUGGUGCAUUGAACGUAAGUCGACUCGAAAGGCUCUCUUCCUGCCCCGAGUCUGUCGUCAGAUCCAUCACGAGACCGCCUCGCUCGUGUUCAGCCUGGCUACCUUCCGAAUGCCAGUGUACGCACUCGCGCCGUUUGUCGGAAGCAUCGGAAUCCCCCGAGCCAACAACAUUCGUUCUGUGAGUCUUGAGCUACACAAAGGAAUCAAAUCCAACCGUGGGUAUAGUCGGGCGGACUCGGGUUAUAGCAGAGAUGAAAUUGAUCAGAAAGAAUUGCUCGCUGUCUCGGGUAAUUUGAAGGUUCAGGGGAAAUUGAACUGUGUUGAGUUUAUUCACAAUGCCCACAUUGAAAACGUCCUUUUGCUAUACAGUUCUCCCGCUGUGAAACUAUUCUCAAUAACACACAAGACUCUACAAGACCCUCGAAUAGGGCGCAAAUUCGCUGUCGACAUCAACCUUGAGGAGAUGAAGGGGAGGGAUCGCAAUCAAUGGGUGGAGGAAAUCGGUCCCAGGCAAUAGUUCUUUUUGUCGAAAGAAUCUCGGGGUCUCAGCGAUGAGGAAAAAGGCUGGGAUAUUGGGGAUCUUGCAUGAGAAUUAUUGAGCAGAUACUGG